GAAAAUAUGAAGUUCCUCCUCAACUGGUUUGAGAAAUUCCCCAACUACAGAAACUCAGAUUUUUACUUGGCUGGAGAUGGUGGUGAAGGUGAUGAGAUUCUAUCAUAUCAUAUAUUUGCGCAAUAUCCUCUUUAAUAUCUAGACAAUGACUAAAGUAAACAGCUUUUAAAUUUUGUCACAAUUUUUCAAUAUAUAGGGCACUUAGUACCGCAACUUGCUGCUUUAGUGCUUCAAUACAAUGAAAACAGUGGCAUGCCCAUCAAGUUAAAGGGCCUUGCUCUUGGGAAUCUGGGUAUUGGUACUCCAGGUAUUGAUCAGGGUGACUAUUUAUGGUACCAUGGAGUCAUUUCUCCAGAAGCAUACACUAUGGCAAAAAACGUAUGUAAUGUAGCAGAGGCUUUGUAUGAGGAGCACCAUGGAAAAUUGUCAAAAAAAUGUGAGAAAACUAUGAAAAUGUUGGGCAAAGAGAUGGGGCCCGAGUUCAAUAUGGAUUCUUUGCUUUUCACGAAAAGUGACUCCUCACAAUCGUCUAUGCAGGAAUUAAAUGGUGAUUCUUGAUUGAACUCUAUAAACGAACUCAUUUUUCAGAGAAAAAAGGUUGGUCAUCCGAAGUUGCAGAAGAAAAUUGGGAAAUGAUGAAAAAUAAACAGCAACAGUACAAAGAAGAAGGAAUCGAAAAGAGCACAGAUGAGAUAGUUCUUGAGGUUCUUGGCCAUGGGUCCGGCUACAUUAAAGGUCUUGGUUACGGUCCUAAACCUACAAGUAGACGCAGCAACCCUAAUUCUUUUGCGACCGAACAACUCCAAAAAGAACCUCAUGAAACACAAGAAAAAUUACACAUUUCUGAAGCACAAGUUGGUGAGCUUAAGACUCAAGUACAAGAUACUGAUAAAGAAGUGUUUGAUUUGAGAAAUCAAUUAGCUCAACAAGCUUCAAAUGUAGCUCAACAAGCUUCAAAAGUGGAAAAACUCAUGGCAUUUAUGGCUACUCAGGGAAUGACAGUCUAAUCAUUGUUUUUGGAUUCACAUCCAAGUUCUCUUUUUAGUUCUCUAUUUAGGUUUCAGUUUAUGAAUUUAGCCAUCUCAUAGUUUUCUGUUUAGG